GCAGCGACAGACGGCGGCGCGCACCAACCCGGCGCCGGCUGGCAGGAGCCGCGCAGAGGCUGGCCGGAGCGCGUUGCAGCCGCUCCGCGUAGGGAGGGUCGGGUAGCAGCAUCCUCCCGGGCGCCGGCUUUCGCGCGGCGGCGGCGGCGGCGGCGGCGGGGAUUUCUCUGCCCCGAUGCCUCGUUGACCUGAAGAGGCUGGUGCCGCGGGGUAGGCGGGCAAGGGAGCGCUGCGGACCCGGCUCCUUUGCCUAGAGCUGUGUGUGUGUGUGUGUAGGGGGUUUCCGGGCCAGUCGGAGGCUGAGGAGCGGCGGGGGCUGCCGGCAAUGCCCGCCCGGGCAUCCUUCGGGUGAUGGAAGAAGCAGCUGCCGCCGCCGCCGCUGCAGAGUCGCGCUGCGCCCCAUCUACCACCGCCAGAGAGAUGGGAAGAUUCGGGGCGCGGAGGCCGAGAGCAAGAGAGGCGGAGCCGCUUUGCCGGGAGCUGGGUCCCGUAUAAGCCGCCUCCCCCUCCCCUCCCUCGGCCAGCUUCACCCCCCCCACCCCCCACCAGAGCGAGGAAGGAAGCUACAGUCCCGAGAGGGCGGUGGAGACGCCGAUGGAGCCGGGCGCACUGGACUCAGCGGAGCGCAGAGCAGGGCUCCGGGCCCGGUGAAAGUUUCCCUUCCCCAGCCGCAGGGCGCCCGCUGCCCGCAAACUCUGCCCAGGGCUUGGGCUGCCAAGUCCCUCGGCCCCCUCGGAGGCGCGCGGACCCCGGGCGGAAAACAGCGCUCGAGAAGGCGGGGAACGAGUGACAGCAGGACUGACCGCCGGGCUGUGCUCCCGGGCCGCUCCGGGGAGCGCCCGCGGCUCCAGGUCCUUCUCAGAGCCGCUGCCAUGGGAGAGCCAACCCUGGGCGCCGGGGACCAGCCGCCGCUGCUGCCGCGCCCGCCUCGGAGUCGCGGCCCAAGUCCCAGCGCCCGAAUCCGGGCCGCUGCGUCCUCCUCCCGGGUUGCAGGGCCGCCUCCGCCGCGCUGCCGGCCCGGGUUGUGCCUGUGAUGAGCCGCAGCCCGCCGCGAGCCCUGCCCGCGGGCGCGCCCCCCCGGUUGCUCGCGGCCGCGCCUGCCGCCGGGCCGCGCGCCUUGCUCCCGCCGUGGCCCCGGCGCCCGGGUCGCCGCUGGCCCGCGUCCCCGCUCGGAAUGAAGGUGUUCCGCAGGAAGGCGCUGGUGCUGUGCGCGGGCUACGCGCUGCUGCUGGUGCUCACCAUGCUCAACCUCCUGGACUACAAGUGGCACAAGGAGCCGUUGCAGCAGUGCAGCCCCGACGGGCCGCUCGGGGCCGCGGCGGGGGCGGCUGGGGGCGGCUGGGGGCGUCCGGGGCCUCCUCCGGCCGUGCCGCCCCGCGCACACACCCGCUUGGACCCCCGUACCCCAUACCGCUCUCCCGUCGCCCCCGUCCGGGCGGCUCCGGCAGCCGGGGCGGGGGCGGCGGGGGCCGCAGCCCCUCCCGGUAAUGGCACUCGGGGCACCGGGGAUGGCGGGGACAAGAGGCAGUUGGUGUACGUGUUCACCACGUGGCGCUCGGGCUCGUCCUUCUUCGGCGAGCUUUUCAACCAGAACCCCGAAGUGUUCUUCCUCUACGAGCCAGUGUGGCACGUGUGGCAAAAACUGUACCCGGGGGACGCCGUUUCCCUGCAAGGGGCGGCACGGGACAUGCUGAGCGCUCUCUACCGCUGCGACCUCUCCGUCUUCCAGCUGUACAGUCCCGCUGGCAGCGGGGGGCGCAACCUCACCACGCUGGGCAUUUUCGGCGCGGCCACCAACAAGGUGGUGUGCUCGUCGCCACUUUGCCCCGCCUACCGCAAGGAGGUCGUUGGACUGGUGGACGAUCGCGUGUGCAAGAAGUGCCCGCCGCAGCGCCUGGCGCGCUUCGAGGAGGAAUGCCGCAAGUACCGCACUCUGGUCAUCAAGGGCGUGCGUGUCUUCGACGUGGCCGUGUUGGCGCCACUUCUGCGCGACCCGGCCCUGGACCUCAAGGUCAUUCACCUGGUGCGGGAUCCCCGCGCUGUGGCCAGUUCACGCAUCCGCUCGCGUCAUGGUCUCAUCCGUGAAAGCCUGCAGGUGGUGCGCAGCCGGGACCCCCGAGCGCACCGCAUGCCCUUCCUGGAGGCCGCUGGCCAUAAGCUGGGCGCCAAGAAGGAGAGCAUGGGUGGGCCUGCAGACUACCACGCCCUUGGCGCCAUGGAGGUCAUCUGCCACAGCAUGGCCAAGACGCUGCAGACGGCCUUGCAGCCCCCUGACUGGCUGCAAGGCCACUACCUGGUGGUGCGGUACGAGGACCUGGUGGGAGACCCCGUCAAGACCCUACGGAGGGUGUAUGACUUUGUGGGGCUAUUGGUGAGCCCUGAAAUGGAGCAGUUUGCCCUCAACAUGACCAGUGGCUCAGGCUCCUCCUCUAAGCCUUUCGUGGUGUCAGCACGCAACGCCACGCAGGCCGCCAACGCCUGGCGGACCGCCCUCACCUUCCAGCAGAUCAAACAGGUGGAGGAGUUUUGCUACCAGCCCAUGGCCGUGCUGGGCUACGAGCGGGUCAAUAGCCCUGAAGAGGUCAGGGACCUCAGCAAGACCCUGCUCCGGAAACCCCGGCUCUGAGAGGGGUUCCCGGGAGACCAGACUCCCUGUGGUGACACCCACAGAAGGAUUGUGGUGUGUUUCAACAAAAACAGCCCAGAUCCAAACUGAGGAAGCCCACACAUUCUGUUAUAGAUACAUAAUAUAAAUAACCACACAGGCACUUGCUGUCAGUGUUUUGAGUCAUUGAAUUUCAAGGAACAGCCACAAUACACACACAUCUCAGAAAAGGCAAGGCUUGAAAGUUCUGACCCGCUGUCCUUCCUCUUCUCUCCCCUGCCUUUUCUCCCUUUUCCUACCCUCUCCCCUACCUGCCUUCCAUUUUGAAGUGGGAUGUUGAUUAAAUCAAGAUCCAGUAACCCAAAUCUUGUUUCCAAAAUUUUCGUGGUAUCUGUGAACAUGUAGAAGAGUCAUUUGGAUGUCGGGGGUGGGGUGGGAGGUGUGGGAGGGUGGAGAAAGGGGAAGUGGUCCAGGAGCAAAAGCCCCACUGGGCAUGCUAAACCAAGGAGGCAUUCUUCUAAGUAGACUUUUGUGUAAAAAGCAAAGGUUAUAUGUGAGUAUUAAUAAAGAAAAUAAUAAAUAAUAUUCUUUUUUAUAUUUGCCUCCAUUACUUUGGAUUUGCCUGUGUUCCUUGUCCUGUGCAGCUUCAGACAGAAUCUGCUUCUCCUCCCCCCACCCCCUUUUCCUGUCUGUUUCCUAGAAAACAGCUCAGAUGGGUGGGAGCAGCUUCAGACUCCUUGAUAAGAGCCUUGGAGUUGUGUUCUCCCAUGUAAAUCACAGUCUGUCAGGUGCCCAGGAAUGGGGACAAAUCUUCAGAUUCUAAAGGCAAAAACCAAGCAGGGCAGUGGAGGAAAAAGCACAGCACUACUUUCUUGUUUCACUUGGAGCACAGAAAGGAAGAAGCAACCCCUUGAGGAUCUGAAGGCAUUCGGUUUUGAUUACUCUUAACACUGGGAAACCUUGAAGCAGAGACCAGUGUUUUGGUCCUGAGGUUAGUUCAGAAAAAGGAUUUUUUAAAAAAGAGAAGUAUGUAGUUCAAAAAACUUCUGAUGAUAACACAAACCUCAAACUAACUGGUGGUGCGGUACGAGGACCUGGUGGGAGACCCCGUCAAGACCCUACGGAGGGUGUGACCCUCCGUAGGUUAGCGUGACCGUUUUGUUGGCAACGGUAACAAGUUCUUUGGUUAGAAAAGUGACAGAAGUAUUUGAGUUUGGGGCGUUUUUCUGCCUCUGACGCAGUCCACAGAGGCAUAUGAAAAGGGAAGUUUGAUCUGGGAACUGUAAGGGCACCCACAGGUUAUCCCCCUUAUUCCUGGCUGCCCAUCCAAAUUAGUGCAAAAGAGAAUGUGAAUUUAUAAUGGUUUACUUAGGUUGCUUGUGGGGUACAUUGCUUUUCUUUUAUCAUGUUUUCUGAAAGUAAAAAAUUGCAAAGAAGCUACGUGUUGCUGACAGUAUAAGUCUUCAACCAAGAGCUUCUUUUAGAUAUGAAAAUAAAUUAUGGGAAAGAGGAAAUGAAAAUGAAUUAUGAGUUUGUAUGUUGGAUUUUGAGAUUUGGUAUUUUCCAGGGAAAGAACCAUUGCAAUUUUCCUGUAGUGGUAAUGGUGUUGCUGCUCUCCUGAGCCCAUUUGUACUGAAGCAUUCUGCAGAAUGUUGUAUUAUGAUAAGAAGUUAUGAAGCUAAAUAGGAACAAGAGAGUGUAGUUGUAUAUUACAUUAAAUAUGGUACAAGUUCAAGUUCAUCAUAAUUUUAUUUUACUGUAAUUUAUUGUGAGAUUUGUGCAAGCCAAUCUGUAUAGGUUAAAUGCUGAGGAUUUCAUUUUAAGGAAAAUAUAAUGAAAAGGAAUAUGUACAUGGGAAAUACU